AUGCAAUUCACCACUCAGCAGCUCCGCGGUGGCGUUCGCUACAAGCCCACUUGUCGCAUCGGUAAUUGGUGCGAGGAGGUCGAACUGAAUGAGCUCAGGAUGAAGGAAUAUGUCUCGAAGAAGGAUAGUGGUGAUCUGCUGGUCAUAUCGAAGCAGCUCAUGCUAGAGCGAGCGCUACAACCCUCGGUGGCGAAAUUCAAAGAGAACGACGGCAUUCUACGGAAUGGCGACACUGUUAUGCUGCGGAAUGCGGCAACGGAGGGAUUCCUCAACGCCAAUGCUGAGGACUUGAUACCCGGCAGAAAGGGACCUGCAUAUGCAGUCACUACUGGGUCCAAUGCCAUCCCAUGCAUUCGCAAUGUGUUCGCCGUUGAGGUUGUGAACGCGGCUAACCCCGAUGCUCCCGUAUGCUACGGCGACGAGGUGAGAUUGGUACUCUCCGGUUUCGUCCCGGACAGGGAUUGCUAUGUGUAUAGCGAAAUGGUAUCUGCGUUGGCGGCCUCCAAGUGCAGUCGUAAACAGGAGGUCGGCGCUGUAGAGGAGCCAGCAGGCAAUACGCGCUGGCAGAUUCUCCAUCCUGACGGAAAGAUGCGCUUCGAAACCGAAGGAAGACCGGUCAGAACGGAUGAGUCUGUUGUGAUCAAGCAUGCUGCGUCGGGGAGCUUCCUGGCAUCCGACAAGAUCAAACAGAUGAAUACCUUUGGUGCCGAAAAUGAAGUGCACGCUCACUGCUACUAUUCUACCAACAAAACACAUAAUAUGAUCUCAGAGAAGAGAGGUGAAAUCACUGGGGACUACGCCCUGAGACGGCACGGCCCUCAAAACAUAUGGGAUUUCGUGGUCCCCUGCAGCCAAGAAGAGGAAGUGUCCAGUAGCUAG